AGCAUUCACAAUGCCCCCGCUCUAAUUUUGGACCCUGACUUUGUUCUGUCCACUGUGUGGGACUCGGGGCUCAGAUGACAGGCUGUGAUUGGGGCGGUGGGGGGUGGGCAGGAAUCUCACUGGAACCGGGGUCUGCCCGACCAGAACCAGCAGCUCUGGCUGGAGAGGAUAGUCCAGAAUGAGGUUUGUGUUUCUGACCUGCAGCCAGUGAGGAGGUGAAGUUUGUUUCCAAGCAUGGCUCUUCCGCUGCUGCUGCUGCUGCUGCUGACAGCUCACGUCGGUCCUUCAGAGUGUGGAUGUGACGGCCGGCUCUACCAGAAGAUGAUCAACGACCUCUGCUUCAACCACUUCAAAGAGGAGAUGGGCAGACUGGACUCAGGAACGUGGUGCAGCUGGCCGGAAACAAUGGAGAUCUAUGAGGGACUGACUAACUGCACCUGCCAGGUGGCCUUGAGGAUGGACUGCUUCUGGCCCAACCAGCUGGUCGACAACUUCUUCAUGAAGAUUCAUAAUACGUACUUCCACCACUGCGCCCUGACCGGCCGGCUCCUCAGUGAGCCAUCAAUCGGCAUCCUCACGCCCUUCAUCGGAGCGUCAAUGCUGAUCACCCUGCUCAUGACCACAGUCGUGGUGUGGAGGAGCAAACGCACGGAAGGGAUGCUGUAGAGGUGGUGAAGGAGCUUGAGUUGGUCUCAGGACUUGGAGAAGGACUCAUAGCAUCAUGAGCCACAGUCAGUGAACUUCAUGUACUUUGAGAAGCGGAUGUACAUC